AUGGAGAAGCUGUUGUUGGAAGAACAUGAUGCACUUCGCCAGGAGGUGGAGUCCCUGAAGCUGGAGAAGAAAAAUCUAGAGACCGCUCUCGCUGGAGCUGGACUGGCCUACCUGGAGUCAAGUGAAUUUCAAGCUUUGGACAAAGAAAAGUACAAGACAAUUGUGGGUAAUGCGGUUGCUGCCAUUCGUCAUUGGUUUCGAAUGGAGCAACCAGAGGCGGUCUGGAGCACGAAUGAGAUCUGGGACGCCAUCAGUUCGUGGGCGGACACAGAUGUGAAUUUCGAAAAUGACGAGGAGGGUGAACCGGUUUUGCAAGAUGGUGGCGAAGAUGAUGGCGGUUCUCCCGACCCAUGA